UUUAGACCCAGCUCCUGAUUGGUUCAAGCAUUCCGAAGCCCGAAAGCCUGGGCCUGCAACCCCCCACCAAUGUUUCCGGAGCUCACCUUCAUCUUCAGUUGUCCAAGCAAACAUCCCGCGCUGAUUACGCCUUGAAAAGGCCAGCUACCUGGCUCGAGGCUAUCAUCGCAGGCCAAUGCGUUAGAUCCAAGACAAUAAGUUCUAACGGACGUCUCACAACUCAUUGAUCAAAAUAAACGGCUGCGCUAAGGUUGAAGCACACUUCGGAGGACUUCACUUCCUUAGCUUCACCCCGACCCCGCAUCAGCCCAUCAUGCCCUCGCAACCAACCGCCUCAGGCAUCGUAACCGACGAACGGAGCGGCGAGCGCCACAUUCCCGAGUCCAAAAGAGCCGAUGGCAGCGUAAGAAAAGCCAUCAAAGUCCGUCCCGGCUACCGGCCACCGGAGGAUGUCGAAGUCUACCGAAACCCAAUCGCGGAGAACUUCCGCAACCGUGGCAAAGGCCCGGUCCCUGGCGCCGAGGGUUUGAAGAGCGACAAGCCAGCGCAGGCAUCCUCCGCAGCGGUCAACAAGAACGCCAAGCGUCGCGAAGCACGUAAGAAGGCCAAGGCAGCCGGGGCUACUCAAUCAGAGGAGGCACCUGCAGUUGAGGUGAAGAAGGAAGAGCUGGACCCUGAGGCGGAGAAUGAGAAGAAAGCCCGGACUCUUAAGAAGAAGCUCAGGCAAGCGAAGGAGCUUAAGGAGAAGAAAGAGGGCGGCCAGGUGCUGCUGCCGGAACAGAUCGCUAAGGUGAUCAAGAUCAGCGAGCUGAUCCGGGAGUUGGAUGCCCUUGGCUUUGACGCCGAGGGCGAGCCCAAGACUGCUGCCGCCCCUACAGAGACAUCACCGGAGUGAUCGACUCACGAUUUUGCGGACUUCAUUUUUUUGAAGAUUUGGGGCGCCAGCCUACCUCGAUCGGCAGACGAAUGAUGCUGCUGCGACCUCCUAGGCCUUAUCGUCUCGGCACCAGAACGGAGCCAUACCAGCGGCAUGUCUUGGAGCUCGUCUUGCUACCUACGAGACGUUAACUCCGAGUACGGUGACCGAUGGUUACGAAUCCCAACGUUAGGCAAGACACUCCAAUGGGCUCAAGUGACCCGGCCAAGCAUUCAAUCGAGGCAACCCGCCAGCAGCCAUGCCGAUACAUGAAGGGGCGCCUCGGGCUGGGGAAUAGACCUCGACAAACCC